CCAGUGGGGCCACACCCCCCGCCCCGUGGGGCCACGCCCCCCCGGAGCGCCCAUGGCGGGGCUGGCGCGCGUGCUGGUGCACGUGCGGCGGGGCGGGGCGGGGCGCGGCGCAGGGCGGCCCGCGGCCUUCGGGCAGAGCGUCACCGGCACCUUCUGCGCCGCACACGAGGACGCGGCUGUGGUGACCUGCGGGCUGGAUGGCGGCCGCUUCCUCAUCUCCGACGUGGCCUUCCCCGGCUCCACCACCACCCUCCUCAAGAGACCCUCCUUCUGCCCCGCCAAGUGCCUGGGGCAGCGGCCGGAGCUGAGCCCCCCCGCCGAGCUGCGGGGCCGGGGGGUGGCCGCGGGGGUGGCGGUGCUGCUGCAGGCCAGCACCGGCCGCAUCCUGCUCACGCGCCGCGCCAGCACCCUCAGCAUCUUCCCCAACGUCUGGGUGCCGCCCGGUGGGCACGUGGAGCCGGAUGAGGAGCUGCUGGACGUGGGGCUGCGGGAGCUGGAGGAGGAGACGGGGCUGCGCCUGGACGCGGGGACCUUCUCCUGGAGGAUGCUCGGCCUCUGGGAGUCCAUCUACCCGCCCAUGCUGAGCCGGGGGCUGCCGCGCCGCCACCACAUCGUCACCUACCUGCUGCUGCUCUCCGCCGAGCCCCACGAGCAGCUGGAGGCCAGGAUGCGUCCCAGCGAGAGUGAGGUGAGCGCCUACGCCUGGCUGGAGCCCCCCAUCCUAGAGGCCAUCGCAGCCACCGAGGACGGAGCAGACAGCGUGGGAAGCGUCCCCGACACGCUGCCGGCCACCAUCAGCAUCACGGAGCUGCGCGACGGCAGUGCCCGCAGCACCCAGCUCCCCACCGCCACGCUCCUGCGCGUGGCCCCAGCCCACGGGGAGGACGUGGAGCGCGUCAGCACCGGCACCAAGUUCGCUCUUCAGCGCUGGCUGGAGCCCCCGGGCCCGAGGGCAGCGCCACGCAGGGAAUAAAGUCACUGCCCACGG